AUGAAAAACCUUGCUUACCUUUAUCUUUCCUCCAAUAGAUUAGUAUGUAGGAUAGACAACGAUGUCUCACUUCUCAACCUUGGACAUUUGGGAUUGUCAUCUUGUGGGUUAAAAGAAUUUCCAGGUUUCAAUCAAAACUCAAAGAGUUUGUCAUAUUUAGACCUCUCCAGCAACAACAUUCGUCAAAUUCCCAGUUGGUUGAAUUCCAUGGCUUGGGAUUCACUAACUUACCUAAAUCUGUCUUAUAAUGCUAUAUCUACUCCUUUCAUACCACCUUGGAAGAGUAUUACUGUAUUGGAUGUUCGAUCAAAUCAGCUUCAAGGUCCGCUGCCAAUUUCAAUAUGCAAUUUAGAAGUCCUCUUCUUUCUUGACAUGUCUGAAAACAAAUUCAGCGGUGAAAUUCCACGUUGUUUCGGAAACUUCAGUAGCGGACUGGCUGUGCUCAAUCUGAAAAAUAAUCGCCUUCAAGGAAGCAUUGGGAUGAUCUUUGCACCGAAAAAUGGUUUGAGAUAUCUUGGAUUGCAGGGCAACCUUUUUGAAGGGCAGUUGCCAAGAUCUUUGGUGAAGUGUGAAAAACUGGAAGUCUUUGAUGUAGGGAAUAACAGAAUAAAUGACACAUUCCCUACGUGGGUGGAAAAUCUCAAGGAGCUCAAAGUUUUGGUUCUGAAAUCGAAUCGAUUCUUUGGAACCAUAGACAAUAAUUUCAAAACAAAAAGCCCAUUCAAGAAGUUGCAAAUUAUGGAUCUAUCCAACAACGAGUUCACCGGUGUUGUACCUAUCAGGCUUCUAACAAGCUUGAGAGCAAUGAUGAAUUCAGACAGAACUGAAUCAAGGGCAAUGUACAUGGACGCUGGCUAUAUCUUUUAUGACAAUGAUUACAGAUAUUCGUUAAGCAUAUCUGUGAAAGGGCUAUCAAUGGAAUUGCCCCAAAUCAUAACAACUCUCACAGCCAUUGAUUUAUCAAGCAACAGAUUCAGUGGAGAGAUUGACGACGUCAUCGGUGACCUGGUCGACCUCAAAGUUCUGAACUUAUCCCAUAACAGAUUCUCUGGCCAUAUUCCCUCCUCCUUUGGGAAUUUGAGUUCCCUUGAAUCAUUGGACAUCUCUUGCAAUCAAAUUGAUGGAGAGAUCCCACAGCAACUUACAAUGAUGACCUCGCUUGAAUUCUUAAACCUCUCACAGAAUCAUCUUGUGGGACGCAUUCCUCAAGGUAACCAAUUCAAUACAUUUUCCAAUGAUUCAUACAAGGGGAACGUGGGACUGUGUGGACUCCCACUAACAAAGAAGUGCAGCGAAUCUGAUUUUGAGGUGCCACCACCACUUCCUAUAGAUCAAGAAGAAGAGCAAUCAGAUUUCUUCAGUGGAUUUACAUGGAAACCAGUGAUUAUAGGAUAUGGUUUUGGAGUUGUCCUUGGACUCGCUUUGGGAUGGCUAAUGUUUGCAACAGGAAAGCCACAAUGGGUCGUAAAGUUUGUUGAAGAAGCGAGGUAUCAACGGAGAAAACAGAAAACUCGUUAA